CCGGUUAUUAAUGGAAUCCUUUAAUUCAAGCCAAACAUCUAGAAGAGGAAAGCGGUUUUCUCCGCUCCAAAGACUCCUCACGUUAAGACUAAAAACAACUAACGCUGUGACGGAUGCUUCUUGUUUUUCUGCGGAGCGUGGAGAUUUUCGGCAGGCUGCACAUUCCCCGCAUGCCCACAUCUCGCUUGAGCAGAGGAGGACGGGGGAGGAGUUAGCUUCGUGUAAACUCGGGCAUAUAUGUCCGGCUUUCCAAACACAUUUUCCCUGGAGCGGCGACGAGGCGAGAAGAGGACGGAGGAACUCCACCUGACCACACGGGGAAAGUCUCUCGUGUUGGAUCGCAAGGAAGACGCGAUUGGAUGUGGCAGCAGGAGCAGCUCCUGUAUUGUACCCUGCACAGUAAACACCCAUCUCAUUAUCUAAACACAAAGGGACAGGAUGUGGCUGACUCUCCUCUACGGCUGCGCCGGCGGGGCCGCUCUGCUGUACGCGCUCUACAGAUGGGUGAUCCCGUCCGUCGUGCAGUACCACGCGGGUCUCGCGCUCGUUUGGCACGACACCAUCGUGGAGGGAUUGCUGAACACCCUGACCCAGACCACGCGUCCUCAGCGAAUGUUGGCUGCAGUGCAGAAGAACGCCACUAGAGGGGACCCUCGCAGCGUGGUGAAAGCCAUCGAUCAGUUCUGCAGACAGAAGGAGUGGGCUAUGAAUGUGGGAGAUGAGAAAGGGUGCAUCCUGGACUCCGUGGUGACUGAAGUGAACCCGGCGACGGUGCUGGAGCUGGGAACCUACUGCGGCUACUCCACCGUGCGCAUCGCCAGCCUGCUGCCGCCUGACGCCAAGCUCAUCACCCUGGAGUUCAACCCACACAACGCCGCCAUAGCUCGCCAGGUGAUCGCUUGGGCAGGAUUGGGAGACAAGAUCCAGUUAGUGGAAGGGGCAUCUGGUGACUGGAUCCCCAAAAUGAAGGAGAAGUUUGGGAUAGAAACGUUUGAUUUGGUUUUCUUGGAUCACUGGAAAGAUCGCUACCUUCCCGACACAAAGCUGAUGGAGGAGUGCGGUCUCCUCAGGAAAGGCAGCAUCCUAUUGGCAGAUAACGUCAUCUCCCCAGGAACGCCCGACUACCUGGAGUACAUUCGCAACAGCCCCCGGUAUAAAAGCCAGUACUUCAGAUCUCACCUGGAGUACACCAAAGCGGAAGAUGGUUUGGAGAAAUCGGUUUUCUUAGGGUAGAUCUUCGGCAGAAGAGCCUCAAACGCACAUUUCAGAAUCAUCCAGAGAACAAGAAAUCCCGUCUCUUUUUCUAAUGUAACGAAGACAUCAACUUGAAAAUAAAAGUAACAUGAAAUACAAAUGCAACGUUGCGUUCUUUAUUAUGCUAUUGCUCCUGCCGUGACGUUUUCACAUAUUGUCGUGUCUUAAUUGCAGUUUUCAUUGUAUGUUUGUUGGGAUUUUUUUUAACAUGACAGAACAAUAAUUUUUUUCCACGAGCCAUUUGGGAACUAAGAAAGAUGUUGCCUUAGAAAAUAACAAAAUGGAGAUUUUUUUUUUAUGUCAAUAUGUAAAAUACUUCAUUAGCAGAGAACUGAUAGUUUUCACAUGGAGGGGGCAGCAUCAUGUUGUGCUGGUGGUGGUGGUGGAGGGGUUUGGUUCUUUUUCAUCAAAUCUGCUUAAAGUUCAUUCAGAGCAAUUUGAUAUGAAUUCUCUGAAUUGCCAAACCUUUCAAAAAUUCUAUUUGUAAAUCAUUUUAAAAAGCGUCUAUUUAUCUUCCUCAUUUAUCUCUCAUGCUGCAUGGAGCGUUGGUGUCUCCUGGGCCGGUAGGGCUGCAGCCCAGGGCGCCAUGUUUUACUUUUCUUUGGGGGCAAAGGGGCUGAUUUUGUAAUGUUUUUUUUUUUUCUUUUGCAAACUUUGUACCUUAUAUAAAACUUAUAUGCCUGUAUGAAGUGUGGUGGUUUUAAUAUUGUAAUUUUAAAAAAAAAAUCUAUACUCAAAUAUUCAAAAAUUCUGAAGUUAAGCUACAUGUGUUUGGGACCAAGCCAUCUCACAUGGGACGGGUAUGUAUCGGCCCACCUGUUGAUGUACUGCAGUUUGCAUGAGGUGAAUGCUUUUUCUUUGUUUGUUUGUUUGUUUGGGUAGGGCACCAGAACUGACCUCAUCUUGCCAAAUCCGGCCCUGGGUCAGUGAAACAUGUAGACGUUUCUAAUUGUAACUUGUCAAAAUGUAAAAAAAACCAAAGAAAAAAUCAACUGGGUCUGAACAUUUUUGCAAGCCUGAACACUUGAUCCUGUAAGUUGUGUUCGUAUCUGUCCAGUGCGGCGAUCCUUUAGCCGAGCUCCUGAUGGACAGAUGAGCUGCGAACUGAUCUGGGAGCUGCUUUAUUUUCAGAGCAUCAACUCAAAUCAAUCGGAAACCUAAUCCAGCUACGUUCUGUAGCGCACAAACCUGUUCUGUGCUCUGAUAUUCUCUGUCUUGGUGUGUGUGUGUGUGUGUGUGUGUGUGUGUGUGUGUGUGUGAGACAGUUUUGCAGCUUGCAGAGUCUUGUUUUCAGUUUAUGAUACCUUAUCAGACAUGUCUGUGACGCUAAUUGCGACCGUUUUGUUGAAUGUUGUCAGAUAUUUGUUAGAAAAUCGGUCAAAUACAUGUAGGCUUGUUCAAAUGAUUGAUUAAAUGAAGUAUAUAAAAUACUUGAA